AUGACCUGCGCUCUGUCCCUCGAAUACGACGCUUCUGUGUUGGCCUUCGAUGAGAUUUGGGCUGACCUUGAGAACGAUCUGGGAAAGGCUACUCAGGAUCCAAAUAUCUACACACUGGGCCGCAUCGGCAAAUGCAACGUCAUUCCGGUUCUCCUAUUAGAUAUGGGACAGGUCAACACGGCGAGCGCCAGCCAGUCUUCACUCCAGUUCUCGCAAGCUCAGGCUGGUCCUUCUUUGUGGCGUAUGUGGCAGCGUCCCCAACAUUGA